AUGCCCCCAAAACGCCUCGUUCAUGCCCAGGAUCUGCGCGAUGCCUUUCCAGAAGAAGAGAGUUGUGGAGUUGUGGAGCGGUGGGCCACAAAUUUGGUCAGUCAAGUGGCGAAAAUUGCAGAACAGGCGGGUUCACAGUGCGCUAGUAUACAGGGUACAAAAUAUACAUGCGACAAUGCUGAGAAGGUGCCAGAGGAAGUCAUGUCAAUGCUGUUCAAUUACCAGUCCGCAUGUCGCCGUAUCUACUAUGAUGCGGAGGUGAUCCGCACCGUCAUCUCCGUGCGCAUUCCAGAACUGAAGGAAGAAGACAACUUGGGGGUCGCCGUGCAGCACGCCGUUCUGAAAAUGUUGGAAGAAAUACAAAACAAAACUCUCGGUGCAGGUGGAGCAGGUGGGGCAGGUGAAAAGACCCAGUAG